GAUUGCAGCGACUGUUCUCGAGGGAAUGUUCAGUGAAGCAGAAACUGGAGAGGUCCCCAAGACCCUGACUCAAAUGUUCACACAUUUCCUGAUCUUACAGAUCAAGCGUAGAUCCCCAAAGUACAAAAAACCUGAAAUGGAUCCUGGAGAGAUUAAAGACGUUGUACUUAAGCUGGGAAAGCUGGCAUUCCAGCAGCUGGAGAAAGGAAACCUGAUCUUCUACGAGGAAGACAUCAUUGAGUGUGGAAUUGAUGUCCAAGAGGCCACGGUGUACUCAGGAGUUUGUACUCAGAUCUUUAUCGAGGAAGUCACUUCACAUCUGGGGAAGGUGUACGGCUUUGUGCAUCUGAGUGUUCAGGAGCAUCUUGCUGCUGUGUAUGCAUUUCUCUCAUGUAUCAACGGAAAACUCUCAAAACAACAAACCCCUGGAAUCUUCAGCCUCUCCAGCAAAGCAACACUGUUAGACCUUCUAAAGGCAGCAGUACACAAGGCCUUACAGAGUGAGAACGGACAUCUGGACCUUUUCCUCCGCUUCCUUACGGGUCUCUCACUGGAGUCCAAUUCAGUUCUCUUACAAGACCAACUGACCGAGACAGGACGCAGCUCUCUGAGAAAACAUGCUGCUGUCACAAACAAGGAAAUAACCACAUACAUCAGGAAGAAGAUCAAGAAGAAUCCAUCGAAAUCCAAAUCCAUCAAUCUGUUCCAUUGUCUGAAUGAACUGAAUGACCAGUCUCUGGUACAGGAAGUCCAAACCUUUUUGAGUAAAUCAGCAGAUCAUCGCCUCCAUGGAGUCAGACUUUCUCCAGUUCAGUGGUCAGCUCUGGGUUUUUUGUUGCUGAACUCAGAAAAGGAGCUGGAAGAGUUCGACCUACAGAAAUAUGCAGCAUCAGAUGAGUGUUUAAAGAACCUGAGCCCAGUUGUCACAGCAUCCAGAAAAUCUGUGCUGCGUGAGUGUAAUCUCACAGAGAAAAGCGGUGACGUUCUGGAGAAAGUUCUCAGCUUAGUUUCUUCAUGUCUGAGAGAGCUGGACCUGAGUUAUAAUAAACUGAAGGAUUCAGGAGUCAAACGGCUUUCUGCUGGGCUGAAGAGUCCACACUGUAAACUGGAGAUCCUAAGGUUGCGUAACUGUAACAUUACAGAAGAAGGCUGUGUGGCUCUUACUGAGGCUCUGAGGUCAAAUUCACGGCUGAGAGAGCUUGAUCUGAGAGAUAAUGAUUUAGGAGAACAGGGAGUGAAGCUGCUCUCUGAAAUAAAGGAGGAUGAAAAGUUCACACUGGCGAAGUUGAAGCUCUGAGAUCUUCAGACCUGACCUGGUGUAAGGAUGAAGUCUCAUGAAGAUAACCACUAACAGAACAGACACACACACUUUCCUAGAUCCAUCAUCAUUCCUGACACACUAAACCUAGCUACUGAUCGUGUUGUUGGUUGUAGAAGAUUUGUGUAUUUAUUACUAGUUCGAGAGUUUGAGUUUUUCGCUUCAUGAACGAAUUUGGAUGUGAAGUAAUGAAUGGAAAUUGUGAUUAAUUGCCUGCGUUUGAUGUUAAAAGUGUGUUGAUCGUGAGUUAGUGUGACGUGAGAGCUCUUACAGAAAAAAAAUUCACUUGAACUAAUGUCUGAUGCCUUUCACAUGUAUUUUCUCAUAUUUCAUGUUAUUUUAUAUCUGUGAUUAGAUUAGAUCUAGCUUCAGGUGUAAGUGGGGUGCAGCUGCCACACAAUGUCAAAACCCCCAUGUUAUGAAAGCCACUGUUGUUUAUAACAUGAUGUCCCACACAAAGUCCCGUUCUAGGAAAAAGCCUGCUGCUGGGCUGAAACCCCAGUUUGGCCAGAGGUUCCAUGUUGGUCAAACACGUCUAAGUAGUCAAUGAUCUGUAAUUGGCAAAGUUCUCCUGUCGGAUAAAGCCUUAUGCUGGGCCCCUAGUUGGGUAGCCAUGUUGAGCAGAAGGCCAUGGCUAAGCAGGUUGGUCAAAUACCAGAGCUCCUAUUUGAUCAGAAGCUCAUGGAUGGGCAGAAUUAUGAGGUCAGGCAGAAGGUCCUGAUUGGUCAGAAGUCUGAGGUCGGGCAGAAGUUCCCAAUUGGUCAGAUGCCCAAUGAAGGGCAGAGAUCUUGAGUAUGCCUCCUUCUGGCUAAAGCCCUAGCUGUGGAGAAGCCCCCGGUUGGGCAAAGCCACAUGCUGGACAGAAACCUGAGGUUGAUAUUGGACAAAUGCGAUUGGUUGCUCAGAUUCCUGAAGCUGGGCAAAAUCCUAUGCCUGGGCAGAAGUUUGAGUUUGGGAAGAAGCCUGAUGUUGGGCAGAAGCCACCUGCUGCCUAAAGCCCCAUGCUGGGCGGUUCCCAAUAAUGGGUAAAGACUCCACUUCAGGUGUUUAUGUCGUUUUAUGUGAAAGAGAUAAAAAGAAAACCCAUGAAAUAUGUGAAAUGAGCUCACAUGUAAAACUCUAAUAGCAACUUUCUGUACGUGUUAGGGGUUUUUAGGGUGUUUUUCAAAUCACAUUUGUAAUGAAAGAUCUUGUAGGUGUUAGUUAGUAGAGUCCUGUGUGAUAGGAGAGUCCAUGUGAGGAGACAGGAAGUGCAGAUUGUCGUACACAGAGUAACAGACGGAAACGUGCUGUAGGUACUGAUGAGUCGAUCAAAGCUCGAACAGCAGGUUUAUGGAAAUGAAAUGCAGUAGCAGGUUAGUGGAUUUAAAAACGAAUAUUCUGAGCUGUCUGAUGGAGUCCUGACGUGUUUCUGGAGACGAAUGAAUUUAAUCUGGAGGAUCCAGAAAGUAAA